GUUGAAUGCUGGUUGAACGGCACGCACACACACACACACACACACACACACACAGCUACGCGUGUCUGUCAGUGUAUAUUUAUGUGUGUGGGUGUGUAAAGAAGGGCAGGGUCUUGUCUUCCUUUGCUCAGAAAAGUCAGUCCUCGAGCACUCGCAGCUGGAUGUACUGAACAAGCAUCAUGCUCUGCUUCUUCCUCCUGAUUUAUUAUUUGCCAAGUGCAACAUGCUCGCAGCUGCUGAGCCGUCACAGAAGGUCCUGGAUCAUUGACUCCUUCGCAAUUGAGGAGGGGCACCCAGGACCCUUCCCAUAUGUGCUGGGCAAGGUAAACAUCGAGCGGGACUAUCGAAUAUACUUUGACCUCUUUGGGGAAGGAGUGGAUGAGGAGCCAAAGGGAGUCCUCUCCAUUGAUAAAGAAUCUGGCACACUGUCUGUCCACAGGGCCGUGGACUAUGAGGAGAAGACAAUGCUUAAGCUGAGAUUUGAGGCCAGAAAGACAGAUUUAUCAAUUGACACUAAAUUAGGAGUUGAAAUUUCCAUACGGGACAUCAACGACAACCCUCCACGCUUUCAGAGGGAUCUGUACGAAAUCAGCAUUGCUGAGGAAGAUGCACAAGGCUCCCAUCUCCUGAAGCUUCUGGCCUACGACAGAGACCAGAGAGGAACACCAAACUCAACGUUCCACUAUGAAAUCAAAUCUGUGUCUCCAGACCCUCCGGACAUUGAAUUCUUCAUCGAUGAGUCUGAAUCAAUCUCGUUUAAAGGAUGUUUGGAUUAUGAGGUGGCUGAAAAGUUUACAGUGUUGGUGGAGGCCAAGGACCAUGGAGAAGUCGUCAGUCUGUCCAGUUCAACCACUGUUGUCAUUCACGUCCAGGACGGCAACAACCACCUGCCAACCAUCAACGGACAGACAGGCUCUGGCAAAGUGAAAGAAGAAGAGACUGGGACCUCUCCUCUGCGGCUGCAUGUGACAGACGAGGACAGCCCGAACACUCCGGCAUGGAGGGUCAAAUACACCAUACAGGGUGAUGAGGGGGGGCACUUUAAGAUAGAGACAGACCCAGACACCAAUGAUGGAAUCCUGACAGUAGUAAAGCCUUUAGACUAUGAGGCGGGAGCACAGAGGCAGCUAUCUAUCUCAGUGGAAAACGAGAAGCCGUUUUUCUCCUGUAAAGUAAAGGAGAGGACGUCCUCGGGCCUCUGGACAGUCGCCACCAGCGCAGGUGAUGAUCCUGGCGCAGGACCGCCCUCUGUUCAAGUCCUCAUUGAAGUUGAGGAUACCAACGACCCCCCUGCGUUCAGUGUGACUGUCGAAGAGGUCAUGCUGGAGGAGAAUGCACCCAAUGGAACCUGGGUGGGGAAAGUGACUGCUGUCGAUCCCGACUCCAGUCACGCAAGAGAUUUUGUGUACAAGGUGGGGAAUGAUCCUGCCGGCUGGGUGACAGUGGAUCCCCACACAGGAGACAUCACAACAGUCAAGACACCUGACAGAGAGUCUCCUCACGUUGUCGACGGCGUCUACACCAUCUUACUGAACGCAGUGGAUGAUGGUAAACCACCUUUAACAGGCACAACCACACUGAGCAUCCAUGUGAAGGACCAAAACGACAACGUGCCUCAGCCCGCGGUGGAUAAUGUGGAUGUGUGUGUGUCUGACGACCCCACCACCGCCAACAUCACGGCCUUUGACCUGGAUGGAAACCCCUUCGGAGGGCCUUUCUCAUUUGAACUGCUGGGGGAUGUCGAAGGAAAAUGGAAACUGCUGCCUUCACAUGGGUACACAGCAGGCCUGGUGAAGGAGCCCGGAGUGUAUGCUGGCCCACACACGAUCGAUCUGAAGAUCUCUGACAUGCAGGGCCAGUUUGGCAUUUAUAAAAUAAGCGUGAGCGUGUGUGACUGCUCUGUGACGCCUGGCUGCCGAAGCCGGCGAGAGACUGCCACCACUGCUUCUGGUGCUAUCGGCAUAGUGUUCGCCUCACUGCUCCUACUCCUGUUUCUGCUGCUGCUAGCAGUCGUCAUCUCCUGCAAAAAAGAGUUCACCACUUUGCAGACGAGUGAUUCCUCCGGAGAAACCCUCCUCGUAUCGAACAUCGAGAAACCCGGAACAGACUGCGAGCUACCUGACUGCAUUCUGGCAAUCUCCACUGGUAAGAAGCACCACAACCCAUCUGACAGGCAAAGUCUGCAUGACGGAAUGCGGCAUGGACAGGUUUUAACAAAGGACAUGGAGCACUUCGUCUACAAACACUCUGAAGAUUACAGAAGGGAAAAUAUUUCCUACUUAUUCCAUGAGAACUGGAACCAGACAACCUGGAAUUCUCUCGAAGCCAAAGGCCACCACAAUACAAGCCAGAUUGAAGACAUGAACACAAUGAACUUUCUCCAGACAAGGAACUCAAGCUAUGCGACAGAUGCAGCACUCAGAGCCCUGCUUCAUCGGGGGCUCUCUUCUCUCCAGGAGACGGAGGAAGACCUGCUGGACUAUCAGCCUCACCUCUACGCAGAUGAGGGGGACUCGGACAACGUCUCAGAGCUGGAGAGCAUCACCAUUCCUGACGAGGACUCGUUCCACAAAGCGCUGGCUUAUAUUUGCAAGCCGCCACAUACACAAAACUGAACAGGUUUUUCUGGAACAUAUUUCUGUUCUUGAGGAGGGAACAAGCAUUUUUUUUAACUUUUUUUUUUAAAUGGGUGAUGGAUGCUAAUGUUUGGGAUUUAAAAAUAAACAUCUUCAGAUUCUGUGUUAAGCCAGAGAUGAAAAGGCCAGUCUGUUAAUCACAUGUAUUUAAUAGCAAAGUCCUCCACAGUUUUCAUUUUACAAGUAGGGAAAAGAAAAAUAAAGUAUAGAUGUCCCCCAAAAGCAAUUUGGAGUUACAUUUGGACAGUCAAGUAGACAAUAAUUUAAUAUAUUUGGUAAAAAAACCAAACUAAAUUAGGUGCCUGCUGGCCUGUUGGAAAGAAACAUUCCACAAGGUAUUUUACCAAACCAUCGAUAAAUGAAUGAGCUUCCAGCAUACAGCUGUUCAAUUAAAAAGAAACUGCUCUCCCAUUUAUAUUUUCCUCAUAUAAAGGUUUAACGUACAAAAGUCCCUAAAUACAUAUUUGGGAUAAAGAAAAAAAACUUUGCUUCAAGUGCUUCAAAUAGGGGGGAAAAAAGGGAGGUACUUUUUAAAUAAGUAGAAAAACCACAAUAUUUACAGAACAAAAAUACAAAGAAAAGCCUUCACACCCUCCCACUACCAACUUUAGGGAGGGGUCUCUGAUCAGCGGGUCUCUGAUCAGCGGUGCUCUGCCCUUCACGUCCUCGGCCCCUGAAUCCCCGACCUCUCAGGAAGCGGCCGGGCACGCCAAAUGUUUCCAUGUUCAGCUUUUUCUCCUCUGCCCAGGUGGUUCUCCUGAGGAUGAAAAAAAGUUAAAUUGAUUGUAGAGCUUAAACCCCUGAGGUCGAUACAGAUAUAAAAUAGCAAAAGUAACAUCACCUGGGCUUUAUGUCUGAUGAGGUGUUGUCAAAGAAGCAUUUGGCUUUAUCGUAGUAUUUAUCUGCAAGAGUUCCCUCCUCCUGCAUACCCUGGCUGUCCUGGGCCUCCCCUGAAUCCACCUUUUCAACUGCAGGAUUGACAAAAAUGCACAUUUACAUACAUUCAACUUGCUUUAUAUUGUAUCUGAGACUGAAUUGACAGAUAUUUGACAGUAAAUCUACCUUCAACCUCCUUCGUGAGAUCAUCUUUAAACUGAGCAUUUGCAGUUUCAAAAUCAAAAUCUGACUCAAACUGCAAAGUUGUGGCCUUUGAGUUUUUCACAAGCAGCUGGCCUCUGCUUCUGUUCCUGGACCUGCGACUGCCUGCACCGGAGAAGGUUCAGACAAACACUGCUGUAAAACUGGUUCAGUCAUUCAGAACAGGUUCAUGUGGUCUUGGAUGUUUACUCUUGUAAUCCAUUUCUUACAGAUGAGCAAUAUUUCACUUAAAAGUAUUUACUUUCCUGCUGCAC